UUGCCAUCACAUUGCUACUGUUAGUCAUACAAAUCUUGUUGUCUUGCGACGCGGUUUUCCUCUCCUGAAUCGCCAGUCUCAAGCUUUCUCAGUCUUUUGUUUGCCAUCCUCUCCAUAGUUAAGAAAUUUAGUGAGGAAUAUAAUUCAGGAAUUAGAAAACAACCACACUCACAAAAAGCCUCCCCCUUCUCGAUUCCAUAGUUGUUGUUUGCCACUUCAUCACAUCCUCUAUCUUUGUACCGUAUAUCAAACACUGCCUUUCCACCCACAAUGGCCGGAAGUUGUAUCGCCACCGUGAAGAUCAUCGGUGUUUCUUCUUUGGGAUUGCUAGCCGGAUCCUUGACCUACCAGUCGCUUGAUGCUAUCCCCUUGCUUCUCAACGGCUUGUCCAAGUCACUCUAUUCCUCGGCUUCAUCCUCCAAAGUUCACAACUAUGUUGCGGCUGUCAAAUCUUUAGUCGCCAAUGCCCGGAUCUCGUCUACUGUCCUCAGUUCUGUGGCCUCGAUUCUCUUUGCCUUGUCCUUCCACUACUCACCACCUAGUGGCCAGCAUCCAUACCUCAUCUACGCGGCUAUUGGCGGCCCCUUGACCGUAGCCGGCCUCGUGUAUCAAGCCUAUGCAGCAGAAUCGAAGUUGCUUGCUGCUGACGAUUCAAAAUUAGUCACUUCUUUCAAUUCGACUUCUUCAAGCAACUCUGCAGCAGAAAAAAUCGUAGCUAAAGAAGAAGACGAAGAGGACAACUUGGGCAAGUCGUAUAUCCAUGUGUCUGACGAGUCAUCAACCUCGUCAACUUCGUCUACUCCUGCGACUUCGGCUCCAAACUCGCCCAACGUAGCUGUUCAUCGCGAUGAACAACCUGUAGAAGAUGUAGAGGCGUUGUCUGUCGAAGAGGAAGUAGAGUCGGCAUUGGCCAAAAAGGACUUCAUCAACAACUUAGAAAAAGUCAGAUCCUCCUACGUCAUAGGUUCCGCCAUUUCUAGCGUCAGCUUUUUUAUUGCUGUCGUGGGCUUGAUUGGUGACUAUUACUUGUUGUAAUGUUGCAGCAAGAAAACCUAGUAGCUAUUACUGCUUCGGCUGGUUGCUGUUGGUAGCUACGUCUGGCCAUUGCUUGUACCCCUUGCAAGGUAUUGCCAGCAGCUAUUGCUAGAGUUACUAGCUUCUUCUGCUAUCACUUCUAAGUAUCUAUAGUUUGAAUGUGCUCAAACCCAUUGCCCACUCAGAAUGUCUCGCCAGAGACAUGAUAUUGCAAUAUUUAUUAAUAGUAAGGAUUUAGGAUAAUUUGGUGAGCAGUCUGUUUCUUUUGGUGGUUUUUGUUUUAUGAUGUCUACUUUGAAAUGAUUAUUUUUGUCUUUUUUGACCCGUCAGAUGGAGGCUUGGUAUUAACAUCUGCGGGCUGUCUGAUAUAUGGCUGAGGAUGUAACAAGUCAGAGCUGCUAUAAGUUAUCUUAAGAUACAAUGGAUGGCACGAUCGGAAUGUGUUAUGGUCAGUGCAAUUCAAGGUUGCUUGACUAAUACAACUUCUUUUGCUUUGUUCCGAUUACUGCGUAUACAUCUUCUUCUACUGUGUAUAACUUAUGAAUCCUUGGCUUCUCUACUGUGUUAUGAAUAUAUAUCGUUGAAAUCUCUAUACGUGAAUCUUUUGCACCCGCUUUUCUGCGGCGUGGAAUGCACAGGAACAUGAAACGGGAUCUG